AUGUCGGCGGAGAUCGAGCGUCUCAAGGACGAGGGCACGAGACAGCAAGUCGUUGUAGCCGGGGGCAUCGCAGGCCUCGUGUCCAGAUUUGUUAUCGCCCCGUUAGACGUGGUCAAAAUUCGACUGCAGCUUCAGCCCCAUUCGCUCUCCGACCCUCUCUCUUGCGAUGGCAUCAAAGGCCCAAUUUACAAGGGCGUCUUUUCCACUCUGCGCGCAAUCGUGAGAGAUGAGGGUGUCCGCGCGCUGUGGAAGGGGAACAUCCCUGCCGAGCUCAUGUACAUCACUUAUGGCGGCGUCCAAUUCACGGCCUAUCGCUCCAUCACCCAAGCUCAGGCCAUGCUUCCGACGCGCGCACCGCCAUCGAUUGAGUCUUUCAUCAGCGGCGCUGGAGCAGGCGCCGCCGCAACUUCAAUCACCUAUCCUUUGGAUCUUCUGCGGACACGAUUUGCCGCACAGGGCCCGGAGAAGAUCUAUACAGGACUCGCCAAUUCCGUCCAAGAUAUAAUCCGACACGAGGGACCCAGCGGCUUCUUCCGAGGCCUGAGCGCUGCGUUGGGCCAGAUCAUCCCCUAUAUGGGCCUCUUCUUCAUGAGCUAUGAAUUCCUCCAUCAAUACAUUGGGGCCAAGACAUUACCAUUCGGUUCCGGCGAUGCCACUGCUGGCGUAUUUGCCAGUGUCUUUGCAAAGACUGCCGUUUUCCCUCUGGAUCUAGUCAGAAAGAGACUGCAGGUGCAAGGCCCGCACAGGAACAGGUACAUCCAUACAAAUAUUCCCGAGUAUACGGGCGUUAUCCGUGCACUAGCGAUCAUCUGGAUGAAGGAAGGCUAUCGAGGCUGGUAUCGAGGACUGACUGCCGCGCCAGCAUCCGCUGUCACAAUGUGGACGUAUGAGCGCGUGAUGCAUUCGCUCAUUCACUCGGGAAGAAACGAUGAGAUGUGGGAAACUUAUACCGGCUACGAUGAUGAUUACGAUGACUAA